AUGGUUAAGCGAUCAUCUCACGGAACAGACGGUGCUGCGGCUUUCCGCAAGCGCCAGAAGCUCACCCAGGAUGUCCCAACUGGCGAGGAUGUCACAUCAAGCGACCAGCUUUGGCAGCUCUUGACCUUCGAUCAGGACAUGCGCAAUGCUCGUCACGGUCUUCAAUCAUUGAAACGAUUUCUCGACGACAUCAUUUCAGACAAUGCCGACCGCAAAUCGAAGCUCGCCCUAUUGCAAGAGUACCUGGAGAAGGUGAAACCGCGAGACACAAGUGAGGAAGCAGUUCACCUCCACGACAUCAUGGAAAUGUGGUCUUUCUCUAUCCAAGUGAACGAUGAAGGUGUCAUGUCUUCUGUCGCUGUUGUUCUCGCCCUUCUCCUUCAGGUGCUCUCCGAGUCACUACAUUUGGUGCCUUUUGGACUUGGUAUUUGCCAAACAUUGGUCCAGGAAGCGCAGCUCAAAUGCAUAUCAAGAAACCUUGGCUCCGAAAAAGGCAAGGGGUUCAUCAUCUCGCCCACCUUACGGAUGCUGCGUGAGGCUGUGUGCUUCGACGGCGGAGCAUUCGCAAAGAAUAUCGUCCGCGCAAGAAUAUACACCUUUACCUCCUUAGGACGAAAUCUGGAAAUGGGCCACGUAAGCGAUGCACCAGAAGAUGUUCGAAAGGCGUCAGUCAGGACCAAUGCUGUGCGUCUCUACUUGAGCUGUCUCAAAUACUUGCACUCGGAAGGCCGACGAGAGCUGCUGUCACAACGAGAGCAAAUAUCGCACUUGACGUACAUGAUGAAAAACGAUCCACCGAAUCUCGUCCUUGAAAUCAUUGAGUCACUUAAGACGCACGUUUUAGGUGACAGCAGGAUUGCUCGAGAAAUCAAAUUUAAGGCAUUCAACACCAAGAUUUUAAUGCGGCUACUCUCUCUAUAUUCGUAUUCCAGCACGACUGCAAAUGCAGAAGAGAAAGACCUUGUUUGCGAAAAGGCCCACGAACUUUUGAUAUUCGCCUGCACAACUCCUAGCGCCGGUAUACUUUACCCGUACAAAGGCUUGUAUCCGAAGGAAGCGGAUGAUGAGUUUUCGUCACUUUCAGCGAGAAGUAGGAAGAACCACAGCGACGAAGACCCUUGGGAGGGUAAGCUACGAGACGGCAUUCCUGUCUAUAAUUUCGCGCUCUCCGAGUUUGUCGGCAAAUUGCGACCAUGGUCCAACCUCAAGCACUGCGAACUCCUAGUCGCUAUCUUUACUGCAGCACCGGAGCUCAUUUCAGACUACUUCUACAAUAAUCAGUCAUUCACUUUUGAGCCUAAACUUUCCAUGACCUGGAUUGGAUACGCAGCAUUCUUAUUCAAUACCAUGAUGAUCCCGCUUCCCCCGUCAUUUGGCGACCCAUCUCGUUAUGCUAUUAUGCCACCUCCGACCUCAGUUCUCCUCGACAAUAUCAUGCCCAGGCCAAUCAAUGAGAAAGUGCUCAUCCGGUGCCUGUCGCCAAAGUCACACCUCACCUCAUUCUUUGCCACGCGAAUCUUGGUUGCGGGGUUGGAAAAGUUGUCAAAGGCAGUGGAAAUGCUCAACGGCCCGUCAAGACGAAAGGGCUCAAUAUGGACAGAGGCCAGUCGACGCUUGAUAGACUCGUUUUGCCAACGGAUACCGGACAUGAAGGAAGUUGUUCGUUGUUACAAAAGCAUUCCAUCUGAAAACAUUCUUCACAAGUCAUUGACAAGUCGAUUACUGCGUCUGUACUACGAAGUCAUCCCUCGAGUUGCUCUUGCAGCCAACUUUGACGUGUCUCCCUUUUUUGCGGGCGUACUCAAAGAUGUAAACAAGGACAACAUUGAGGCAGAAGCCAGAGAUUUGGGCUUAAUGGAGCUCGAAAACCUAGUCUUGAUUGCGAGCUACUCCCCUGGUAUGCGAUGGUUUGCAAAACUCGAGUCUCUCGGUCACGGCCAAGCAUCUUCACCAUUCAGUGCACUCCUGCAGCUGUUGUGCAGUGACGAGAAGGAUACCCCUCUCAGUCAGCUGAAAGCUGUCCUGGCAGACGUUGCUUUGGAAAGUCAAAUUGUGACGACCUCGGCCGCCUUAAAGCCGCUUCUACAAGCGCUGCGAUGUACACAAGAGACUAUGGGUACUAUAGCAAUGGGCAGCGUGUGGUCCUUUUUAGAUAACUGUGUCAACCGUUGCGCUACAUCACCCAUCAAAUACCUGGACCUGAUGAAGGAUUACUCUUCAAAGUCCAAGUCUUCGAAAAAGACGGAUGGCACGGAUUUACUGAAUGUCGUUAUCACAGAGCAAGUGCCAUACAUCGUCAACACUGGAGAUGAAAACGCGACUAGUCAACUUGCAAGUUUCGUGUCGCUUUAUUACAAUGCCGUUCGAAAGUCACAUGGUGACGAUGCGUUGAUAGAAGACUUGUACAGGGAAAUAGAGAAGCAUUUCUCCGCAACACCUACCAAACCCGCCGAGCUUGGAAACACGAAGCAGGUCAAGGCUCUAAAGAAGUACGACGACAUCGAAUGGACAACUAAUAAAUCCGCUCCCGACGGUGAACAAGCAGUCACCGGGCCAACUAUCAGUCAAGAAUCUUUGGAGGAGACGCUACAUGUGCCCUUUUUGUCUGAUGAAGACGCCACAGUGCUAUCAAAAUGGGCUUCCAAAAGCGUGGAUGACAUGAUAGAAGAUGGAUGGGCAGCUGGUUUGGUGCGCCUGCUAGCCUCAGAACACAUCAACCUUCGCAAAGAAGCGCUUACAGGCGUUCUCAAAAUGGCAGCGCAGAUCAAGGAAUCUUCAUAUGAAGAGAAGACACAGAUCUGGCUACUCUUGUCAGAACUAGCCGAGUCGUCAAGGGCACAAGUGGACGUUGGACCUGUUCCUUCUGCGUUUAUCGCUUUUACCAUCCACGCCCUAGACGUCCUUAAAACUCCUCUUCAUCCUUUAUACCCCAAAGUCAACGCCUACUUGACGCGCAGCCCAGUCUGGGGCCUGGACAAGCUCCCUCUAGUACAUGAUAUUCUCCACGGCGUACCAUCAGAGGACGACAAAUACUAUACUGAACUGACGUGGCUGCUCAACUAUUUGCUGGAUAGUCUCAAAACUCCAUUCGAUCUCGGCGUAUUCCACAAGAAGCGUUGGUUCGAGAAGAUAUUCGCGCUGGGGAGCAAUCCAUACCUUCGGUCGGCUUUGCGUACGAGACUAGCCAAGCUUGUCUACCGGGUCACUUGUAUCGAAACUGGGAGCACUACUCUCAUCACGAGAUUUGGUAUUCUUAGCUGGUUAGAUUCGCUGCGAGCGGCGUGCGAUGUGGAUGACACGGCGGCUGUGUAUGAGGCGCUCAUGCUGCGGGCGUGGGAGACGUGUGAUCAAGAGCGAGUUCGUACAUGGAGCAAAGGUGGUGUUGAGCAAUUGUUGGAAAAGAUACCAAGGAAUAGAGAGCCACAUAGCAUAGCAUAG